AGCCCAACUAUGAUACUUCUCACGUCAUUCGUGGUUCUCAAUUCUUCUUCCCAAGAACACUCCUUCGUUUUCGGGACAAAGAGAAAUUGAACUAGCCAUGGCGGCGGUUCCAACGAACAGAAGGGCGAUUGUCCUCGCAUUUUUCGUCGCGUUUGGCUUUCUCUUCGGAUAUGAUAUUGGUGUCAUAUCAGGACUUCUGGUCAUGCCCGAUUUCGUACAGCGAUUCGGUCAAGAGAAUCCUGAUGGAUCAUUUACGCUUUCCAGUUCUCGUCAAUCGAUAAUUACCUCCCUUUUGUCCGCUGGUACCUUCGUUGGCGCCCUGGGACAAGCUUUCACAGCUGAUCGUUUCGGCCGUCGACCUACUAUCCUCAUAUGGGCAGCCAUCUUCACCAUCGGCGUCGCCAUUCAAACAGCCACCAUUGAUUCCAUAGUGCAAAUCACAAUCGGUCGUUUUAUCGCUGGUCUUGGGGUUGGGGCGAUGUCCGCUGUUGUGCCACUCUAUAAUGGAGAAACUGCUCCCAAAGCUCUCAGAGGAACGCUCCUCGUGCUGUACCAGGUCCAGAUCAUUACGGGUAUCUUCUUGAGUUAUGUUUUCGAUCUUGGUACCCAUGCGCUUGGAGGCGCUGCUUCUUGGCGUAUACCGGUGGGCCUUCAGUUAGUCUGGGGUGCUAUCCUUCUCUCUGGGAUCUUCUUCCUCCCGGAAUCACCACGACAUCUUCUCGGCAUUGGAAAACGGGAAGAAGCCUGCGUGGUCAUCUCCCAACUUAACGGUGUCCCGCUUGACGAUCCCCUAGUUGACGAGCUUGUUGAUGAAUUGCAAUAUGCUAUCAGUGCCGAGAAUGAAGGCGGCAAGGCGACGUGGCUGGAGUGUUUCUCUCCCGUGAACGGAUUGUGGAAGCGAGUCGUGAAUGGAAUGAUGCUUCAAUUCCUACAGCAGCUCAAUGGUCAAAAUUUCUACUACUACUAUGGUGAUACAUUCUUCCAAUCUGCUGGAACGCAGCUGUCUCCAUAUGUGAUUCAAGUGAUCCUCGGUGCAGUAUCAGUUGCAGGAACAGUUCCCGCACUGUGGGCUAUCGAGAGGGUCGGCCGUCGUCGCUUACUGCUCAUAGGCGCUGCAUGGCAGGCUGUUUGCGCCCUUAUCGCUGGACUCAGUGGUCACUUCACGCUCGCCCCAGCAAAUACGCCCCUCAACGAUUUGACUCCCCGCAAUAAGCAAGGAGGAGAUGUGCUCAUUGCAUUUGCCGUGCUGCAUGUGUUCGGUUUCUCCAUGUUCUGGGGACCCACUCCAUGGGUCUAUCUCGGUGAAUCCUUCCCUCUGCGUAUUCGACCAAAAGCCAUCGCUCUUGGAAGUGCAACAAACUGGGUCUGGAACUUCUUGUUGAGUUUCUUUGCACCGAAGAUCGCCGCGGAUAUUGGCCCUCUCAUCCUCCUCAUUUUCUGCGGGAUGUUAGUCGUCGCCUUUAUCUACGUGUUUUUCUUUAUUCCGGAAACGAAAGGUCUGACUCUGGAGGAGGUCGAUGAGAUGUAUAGAUCUGGGGUCAAGCCCUGGAAUUCUACCUCGUGGACCCCGACUCUUGGUCAGCGCGCACACGAAAAAGCCAUAGCUCAUGAAAUACGCAACGAGAAAGAAAAGGAUGACUCUUGAAUGUAAUUCUAUACUCACGAUGCAUUGUUUCACUGUCACAUC